CGAACGAGAUUCUGUACUCUCUCUCAAUAGGAAACUAAACAAGACGACUUUUGCUCAGCUCUCGUCAUCAAAUACAUGAAAACCAUGUAGUCGCCUUAUUGGGAUUUUAAACACUUAUAUCAGACAACAUGUCUGUUGAUUUCAUCAUUAUAGGGUUACUUGUUACCCUUUCCGGCCACUUUUCUGAGGGAAAUACACAAACUGAAGAGAAAAACAAUUUCCUCAGGGAGGCUGUGAGUAAACUUGUACGCCGAAACUAUCCAGAAAUAUUUUUAGAAGAAACAAAAUUUCCAGAGAAAAAAGAUGUAGAUGCUGUAAUAAAUGAAGACAAAAAUAUUGACAAAGAAGUUUUAGUAGACACAAAGGGUACAGCUGCAGAAUUACUGGACGAUACACCUGACGUGUCUAAGGAUGUCAAGGAGACCGAUAAUUCUACACCUAAAGAGUCGAUACCAACAGAUCCACCUACACCUAAGACCGCAGCACUUGUCCACCACAAGGGUGACAGCGAAGAAACAGAUCAUAUCAUCGGCAUUCCCAGGACUGAUUUCCUCUUUAUAACAAUAACGACGGGAUGCAGUUUAGCUGCCUUUGUUGGACUAAUCAUUGCUGGGGUUUGCUGGUACAAACUCCACAAGAACGUGAAGGCUGCCAGUGAGGUUGAGUAUCCAGCAUACGGGGUAACUGGACCCUCUAAGGAGCGGAUGGCCCCGCCACCCGGGGACCGCAAACUGGCACAGAGCGCACAGAUGUACCACUACCAGCAUCAGAAACAACAGAUGAUUGCAAUGGAGAAAGCUAACGGUGAGAUGAAACAUGAUGCAUCAGAAGAUGAAUCGGAGGAGGAAAAUGAGGAGGGUGAUUACACUGUAUAUGAAUGUCCCGGUCUGGCACCAACAGGGGAAAUGGAAGUAAGAAAUCCUUUAUUCAGUGAGGAAACUUCUGGAGCUCCUGGUCCAGAACACCCUAAGGAGCCCCAGUGAGGGGGCACCAAUCUUCAGAAUUGAAGAAGCGCUGUUACUAUAGUUAUCUCCCUUAGCUCUAGCUAGUGGGUGUAAAACAUAUGUAGUUGUGGUGGGAUGUAUUUUUUGUUGUUCUUAGAAAAGUGCUCUGUGAUUGAGAUAUUUAUUGAUUAGUCAUUUUAUCCCUGUCAUUUGAUCUGGUAUUGGGUUUUUAGUAAAAACAUACUGCAUCAGUAAACUGUAAAAUUUCUGUUUUUAAAAAAAACAAAACAAAACAAUUACUUACAAUAAUAUAACAUGUCAAUACUUGGAACAUUCCUGCAGUUCCUAUACCUAAGUUUGGUAUAAAAUUUGGUAAAGAGACAAUAAUACUAUUCAAAAUUAUUUGGCAAUUACAAUAUCUUUAUUUAGCUGUAUGGACUUGUACUAUGAAUCUACCUGAAAUUAUACAAAUGUCAAAACUGAUUUUACUGUUUUUAUAGUUGAUAGUUCACGGUAUACCCAAAACACUUUUCAAAAUAGAAGAGUUCAGGUUUGACUGAUUUUGUGAGCUCUUCUAAUUUGAAGAACAUGAAUUGUAUACAUUGUAGAUUUAAUUGCACAAAAUAAUGUUCUAACUUGCAAUUUUAUCAAUAUCUUGUGUUCAUUGCACUGCACAUGUGUUUUUAAAAAAUUGUGCUGUUCCAACUCAAUUUUGCCUUAUAGUCUUGACUAACUGAUACACAGACAAGUCUGUUUUGUUUAAUUGGGUUGACAAGCUGUACAUCGCACAAGGUCACAAAAUUACACAACAUGAUUAAAUCACCCUAACUGUUUUACUUAUUACUAAGCCUGGAUCACUGCAGGAAAAUGCUCUUGGAAAUUUUGCUAAAUUUUCUUUAUGUAAGCCAUGACAUCCAAAUCUAUAUGAGGGUAUAGGUAUGUUUGUUCUAGAUCUGAAACUUUCUGAAUGCUAUUUACACAUUACCAUGAUAGAUUCAUGGUUGAAAUGGUUUUGAUAUAGACUGCUCAGAUAUUUUCUAAGAUCUUUAGAUCAGUACUUCAUCAAGUUUUGAUUAUUUUUUUGUGUUUAAUUAUACAUAUGAACUUUUUUCUCAAUGCAUUCCAAAGAUUACAAUAUUUGACUGUUCAAUGCAAUGAUGUUAAUGAUGAUAUUGAUGAUGAGGAGGAGGCUGAUGAUGAAGGUUGAUGAGAAUGAUGCACUAGUUGACAUGGCACUUUGUAUUGUAAUUCCAAAGAUCAACUAGAAUAUAUCUUUAGAGCUAGAAACAUUUCUCUAUUAUCUGAAAUCCCUAACUAUUAAGUAUUCCUCGUAGAAUUGAUCUCGCACUUUUAUCUUUUUGUCUCAUUUUUGUUUAACAUUCUUUAAUCUCUUCUUUUUACAUACAAACUUAUGCUUUAUUAAAAUUAACCUAUAUAUUUCCGAAUUCCUUCCAUGUCAUUCUUUAUACACAAUAUUUCACGCUUAGAUUACAAGAAUUUCUAUUUGAGGUGACAAUCUGAUGUUAAUCUCAGUGUGUAGUUCCACUCAACAUAUUUGUAUCACCAGUGCGAUUGGGAGUGAUGUUCUCCUGUUAGAAAUUUAUCAACACAUGCUGUAAUUCUGUUAAAAAGCAUUUUCAGGAAAUUUGAUAUCUGUGUAUAAUUCCAAAUUAGGGGAGUGCUUAUAUAACUUAACCAGUUAAAAAAUGUUAGGCUUCAGUGCAGGGGAACUAUUUUGUCAUGUCAGCAAAAUUCUGUUUUGAUUUAUGUCUGUAUCAUCUAUGUUAAGUUUUAACAAAUAUAUAUAUAUAUAUAUAGCUUUAGUUAUUUCUCUGAUUGAUUAAAAGUAGGUGGCCUUUAGGUACUGCAUUAUCCUGUACAAACAGGUUUAAACUGGGGCAACUUUUGACCGGUACAAACAGGUGUAAUAGGGACGACUCUUGACCUGUACAAACAGGUGUUAUAGGGACGACUCUUGACCGGUACAAACAGGUGUAAUAGGGACGACUCUUGACCUGUACAAACAGGUGUUAUAGGGACGACUCUUGACCUGUACAAACAGUUGAAACAGAUGUCAUGGGGACUGGUUUGGUAGAAUCAUUGCUAAUGGAAAACACAUUCUUCUUCUUAAUUAUUGUUUAUAUUAUAUUUUGUUGAUGGUUGUGAUUUUUUUUUUCAAACAAAGAAGCAAAUGUAUUUGCUGAAGUUUGAAAAAGUAAAUGAAAAGUUGAUUGUAGUCUAUGUUGUUGUAGAAUGGGCAAAACACUUUGGAUAGAGGUAUUCUGUGGUGUUUUUGGGCAAGGCCACAAUGACUGCCUGUAAGGUCAGUGUGGGUGAAGAGAUGGUCAAACUUUCUAUGUUGUGAUUUUAUUUUGUUAUUUGUAAUAGGUCAGGAAAUGCUUUAAUAUUGACAAAAACAAUUCAUCACAUUUGACCUCCAAUUCAAAAUGUGUGUUCAUGUCUACAAAAUUACAGGUACAAACUUGUAUUUACCCCUUCAAAGAUAUGUAUUUUAGAAUAAUAUUAUUUCAGUAUUACUCUGGCAAUCAAUGGUGUAUUAAUGUAAUAAAACAAAAUAUAGGUUUUGUAGUCAUGGCUAAGGUUUCUAGUUCUAAAACUGUCCAUUAUUUCCAACAUUUCUAAUCUUUAUAGUUUGUAUUUAUGU